CUAUGAAGCACCAUAAAGUGAUCACCUUUUCUCCCUCUUCACACUCUCUCUCUCUCUCUUCUCUUCUCUCUCUCUCCUCCAAACCAAACAAAGCUCAUCUUAAGAGAGCUAGUAAGGUAUAUAAAUCAUCCAUCAUAACAAACAGUGUACUAUCUUAUUGUAUAGUCUCCAUAUUUAUUCCUAAUCUUCCAAAAAUAGAAUAAAUACACAUAAUAUUAUACACCAAAGUUAGUUUUUUAUGUUUUUCUUUUGCUGUGUUUUACUCCAUUUCUGUAGCUUCUACCUUGUCUAAAAUGAUAGUAUGAUGAAGAUGAAGAUGAAUGAUAUCGCAUAAAAGUGCACCUAGGCCUAGCACAAUUCAGUUGCGCGCGCGCAGUUUUAAGAUCAUUAGCGCGGGUCAUGAGUACUACUUGUACUGGGAUGGCUUUCUUUCCUGCCAAUUUUAUGCUUCAAACUCCUACUGAUAAUGAUAAUCAUCCUCCUCCUUCUCUCUCCUCGAUCCUUCCUUCUUGCACUACUCAAGAUUUUCAUGUGGGUACAGGAGGAAUGGCACCUAUGUUAGGGAAGAGAUCCAUGUCAUUUUCAGGGAUUGAUAUGUGUGAAGAAUUAAAUGGGAAUCAUCAUAAUAAUCAUCAUAAUAAUAAUAAUGGAGGAGAUGAAGAUUUAUCAGAUGAUGGAUCACAAUUAGGAGGAGGUGGGGAGAAAAAGAGAAGAUUAAAUAUGGAACAAGUGAAAACCCUAGAGAAGAAUUUUGAAUUGGGUAAUAAACUUGAGCCUGAAAGAAAAAUGCAACUUGCUAAAGCACUUGGUUUACAACCUAGACAAAUUGCAAUUUGGUUUCAAAAUAGGAGAGCAAGGUGGAAGACUAAGCAAUUAGAGAAAGAUUAUGAUAUUCUUAAGAGACAAUUUGAUGCUCUUAAAGCUGAUAAUGAUACUCUUCAAGCUCAAAAUCACAAACUUCAAGCAGAGAUAAUGGCACUGAAAAAUAGAGAACCAACAGAGUCAAUCAACUUGAAUAAAGAGACAGAAGGGUCAUGCAGCAAUAGAAGUGAAAAUAGUUCUGAUAUAAAGUUGGAUAUCUCAAGGACUCCAACAACAACUGAAAGCCCAUUAUUGGAUCUCUCAGCCCAUCCAACAACCACCGCCUCCGCCGCCACCACCGUCACGGGAAAAACACUCUUCCCACCAUCAUCUAUGAGGCCCAAUGGGCCACCUGUGGCCCAAUUACUAUUCCAAAGCCCACAACCACCAUCAGUCAAAGAAGAAACAUUCACUAGCAUGUUCUGUGGCAUAGAUGAUCAAACUGGGUUUUGGCCUUGGCUUGAGCAACAUAAUUUUAAUUGAAUGUCUUUUUUUAUUUAUAUUUUUUUACUUGGAAAUUUUUCCCCCUUUUGUUUGGGAGCAAAUAUUUUGGUUUAUGAUCUCAUAAGCAAUUAAGUUACUAAAUUUGACAUAGUAGUUCCAAA